AAUCCAAAAUAUGCUAAAAAACAAACCUGAGAAACAACUAUUGCCUUAUUCCAAUUCAUUGCUAACCCAAUUCAAAGUCCAAAUUGGCCAGCAGCCACAAUUUAAAAUAAAUAAAUAAAUUCCAUUAAUUUCACGAUAUUAAAUAUUGAGAAAUUUUAAUCCGAUAUUAAACCCACAGCCGCUGUACUCGUAUUAACUAGCCCAUGGAAAUUCAAAAAGCCUGAUACUAUUGCAAUCAACACAGCAAAAGAAAGGAAGGUAAAGAGGGAGGGAGAGAGAUGGGUAGCGCAGAGGAAGAUCAGGCGGCAGCAUCAUCCUCAGCCUUUGAAGAAGAAGAAGAGGUGCUAAGUCCAGCUGCUCGUCUGUUUCAUGCACCACGUUUCAACUGCUAUAUUAUCUCUAUUAUUGGAAGCAACACCGCCAUCGAUCCUGGUCUUGUCAAGGUCAGCCUACAGCAAACUCUGGUUAAACACCCUCGCUUCUCCAGUAACCUGGUGGUUAGUGGCAGGAGAAUGAAAUGGAAACCAACUACAGUGAAUCUACAAGACCAUAUAAUAAUUCCGAACUUGGAUCCAAAUAUGGAUUCUCCUGACCAAUUUAUAGAAGACUAUAUUUCUCAUCUCACUACAAUGCCUUUGGACCUCUCAAAGCCGUUAUGGGAACUUCACCUCCUCAACUUAAGAACAUCAAAUGCAGAAGCUAUUGGUGUUUUCAGGAUGCACCAUUCAAUUGGUGAUGGUGCAUCUCUAAUGUCACUUCUCUUGGCCUGUACCCGGAAAACCUCCGACCCGGAUUCACUUCCUACUAUACCGGUCCAAAAGCGUGCGGGUUCCGGUUCGUCACCGGGUGGAUUUUGGUGGUUUUUUAUAGCUAUUUGGUUGGUACUAAGAAUCAUUUGGAACACUUUUGUGGAUUUGAUUCUUUUUAGUGCAACAAUUUUAUUCUUGAAAGAUACAAAGACUGCUCUUAAAGGUUCAUCCGGGGUUGAUCUCAAGCCUAAGAGGCUUGUGUAUCGCACAAUUAGCAUGGAUGAUAUCAAGUUGGUGAAAAAUAAGAUGAACAUUACCAUCAAUGAUGUCAUACUGGGAAUAACACAAGCUGGUCUCUCGCGAUACCUCAAUGCCGAAUACGAAUUGCAAAGCAAAGAAGGGGAAGCAAAGCAGCAGAAGAAAAUAAGUCUCCUCAAGAGGAUCCGGCUCAGGGCAACUGUUCUAAUUAACCUAAGACCAACUCCCGGAAUCCAGACCCUGGCAGAAUUGAUGUCCAAGGAAUCAAAUCAAGCUAAAUGGGGAUGGGGUAACAGGAUAGGAUACAUUGUCCUGCCAUUCAGAAUUGCCUUACAAGAUGACCCAUUAGAGUAUAUCCGACAGGCCAAAGCUGCUAUUGACCGAAAGAAGCUCUCACUUGAAGCUAUUUGCACCUACCGAAUUGCCAAGCUCGUACUCACAAUAUUUGGGGUCAAGGUAGCUUCAGCUAUAGCACACAGAUUUCUAUUAAAUACAACAAUGGCCUUUUCAAAUGUGGUUGGUCCGCUUGAAGAAAUAAGCUUUUGUGGUCAUCCAAUCUCUUUCCUUGCUCCUAGUGUGUACGGCCAUCCUCAUGCACUGACAAUCCAUUACCAAAGCUAUUUCAACAAGAUGACAAUUGUUUUAGCUGUUGACCCAGAUGUGAUUCCUCAUCCUCACAAUCUCUGCCACCAUCUUGAGGAAUCUCUUAACAUCAUUAAGGAUGCUGUUGUAGACAAAGGACUUGAUGCUGCCUAGAUAAUGUUUUUGUUAUUUUGAUGAUAUUAUCACUUCCUUUCAAACCUCAGUAUCUUUUGUAUAAAUUAAUCUUCUAUAUUGCGCUAUUAGAUGAUUGACAUUUUGCUAUUAGCUGAUCGGCAUAUGCUUUAAUCAGAGCGUUAUACAUUUGACAGUUAGAUUUUAAUAAAUUUGAUGCUAAAUCUUUUCCAAA